AGAAGAAUGGACACGGGGAAUUGCUCCUCCUUAACCGAAUUCAUUUUCUUGGGAAUUACGGAUAACACUGAGAACAAAGUGAUUCUAUUUACCGUGUUUCUCCUUGUUUAUCUCGUUACUCUUCUGGCAAAUCUCGGAAUGAUAACCCUGAUUCGGACGGAUCCCCAGCUGCACACACCCAUGUACUUCUUCCUCAGCCACCUCUCCUUCUGUGACCUCAGCAUUUCCACAGCCGUCGGCCCCAAGAUGCUCGUGGACAUAUUUGCUAAGAACAGAUCGAUUCCCUUCUAUGGCUGUGCCCUGCAAUUACUGGUGCUCUAUACCUUUAUAGACUGUGAGUGUCUCCUGCUGGCAGUGAUGGCCUAUGACCGGUACAAGGCCGUCAGCAGCCCCUUGCUCUAUGCGGUCAGCAUGUCCAGCAGGCUGUGCUCCCUGCUCAUGGCGGGGGUUUACCUGGUGAGCGUAGCAGAGACUUUGAUACACAUGACAUUAGCCUUCCGCUUGUGUUUCUGUGGGUCAAAUGAGAUUAAUCACUUUUUUUGUGAUGUUGCUCCUCUUCUAUUGCUAUCUUGCUCAGAUACACAGGUCAAUGAGUUACUGAUAUUUACUGCUUUUGGCUUCAUUGAACUGAGUACAAUUUCAGGAGUUCUUGUCUCUUAUUGUUAUAUUAUCCUAUCAGUCUUGAAGAUCCACUCUGCCAAAGGGGGAAUCAAAGCUUUCUCUACCUGCAUCUCUCACCUAACCUCUGUGGCAAUUUUCCAGGGAACAAUGCUCUUCAUGUAUUUCAGGUCAAGUUCUUCCUACUCUCUAGAUGAAGACAAAAUGACCUCUUUGUUUUACACCCUUGUGAUUCCCAUGUUAAACCCUCUGAUUUACAGCCUAAGGAAUAAGGAUGUGAAACAAACCCUGAAAAAAUUGAAGAAUAAGUGGUUUUAA